CUUUAGUGAUCCCACCAUGCCAAAGGUCCCGCUAUGCCACUUACUUUGAUGUCGCUGUAUUACGAUGCCUGCUUCAACCACACUGGUCUGAGGAAGGCACACAAUGGUCCUUGAUGUAUUAUCUCCAGCGGUUGCGCCACAUGUUAGAAGAAAAGCCAGAUAAAUCGUUUGACCCAGAAGUCCCACCACUGCCAAGACCCCGCAGUAGUUCGAUGGUGGCUGCUACACCUUCAUUAGUCAAUACUCACAAAACACAGGAGUUCAAGAGCCGCAAGGAAGAUCGCGAACGCAAAGGCUCCAUUCCUUUCCACCACACGGGGAAGAAAAGGCAACGGCGAAUGGGAGUGCCCUUCCUACUCCAUGAAGACCAUUUGGAUGUCUCACCUACCCGAAGCACAUUCUCCUUUGGCAGCUUCUCUGGGAUUGGUGAAGACAGGCGUGGCAUUGAGAGAGGAGGGUGGCAAACCACUAUUCUAGGGGUGGUUCUUAAAGCAGUUUACUUGGUCUUGAAUCAUGACAUCAGCUCCCGAAUUUGUGAUGUGGCCCUCAACAUUGUGGAAUGCCUGCUUCAGCUCGGGGUGGUACCCUGUGUGGAGAAGGUCAGAAGGAAAAGUGAGAAUAAGGAGAAUGAGACCAGUGAAAAGAGACAAAGUGAAACUUCCUUUCAACUCAAGGGGGCCGUGACUACCUCAGCGCCUGGAUUUGGGACUGCUCCAAUAAUUGGAACAGGAGAUGGCGGUGGAGAAGGUGGAGGAGGAGGAGGAUGCAUUGGAAGUGCUGCUGGAGGUGGAGGUGGUGGUGGAGGAGAUGGUG